AUGGAGUUACAAAUGGAAAACACAUCAAUUAUUUGCAUGGAAUUACUUACAAAUAAUAUAACUUCAUAUUUAAGUGGUAAUUCUAACAAAAAUAUAUCAAUUGUUAAAAUAAACAAUGAAAAUUUAGCAAUAAAUGGUGAAUUAUAUUUUUUACUUAGCCUUAAAAUAUGGAGAAAUGUAUUGAAAGAUACAGAUAAGUGUGAUGGAAAGUGUACAACAAUUUUACAACAUUUUUUACAUAUUAAAGAUGGAAGCAUAAAUAAUAAUACUGAUACAGAUAUUUCAAAUCAGGUUUUACAAUUAUUAAUAUCAUCUAGCAAUAUUUGGUCUAUAAAAUUACAAAAAUAUCUUUUAGAAAAAGAACGAGUCUGUUUGUUUUUACAACGUACUCCCCUUAUAGAAAAUGCAAUCAAAGCAGUUAUAACAGCUAAACAUAAUUUUGGAAAAACUGUUUCAAUUAAUAAGAUUUUUAGUUUAAAAUCGCUUCAAGAUAAUGAAUCAGAACUUACAACUAAAAGAUUAUAUUUAAUACAAUGUGUCACUAAGAAGAUUUUAAAUCUACAUGGGUUUAAAAUAGCAGAUGAAAAUUCUGAUUAUAAAUUUGUAUUUACUUCUAAAUCGCAAGGAAAUGUAAAGGAAAAUUAUGAGCGAUAUAUAUGUGGUGUUGUGAAAAAUAUUGAAACAAAUUGUAAAGAGAUAAAAUUAACAUAUCAAGAAUAUGUUAAGAAUAAAAUCAAAGAAUUAAAAGCAUCAAAUGAACACAAAUAUUUUGAAGCACAAGAAUACAAUACAGAAACAGAAAAUGAUUUCUUUGAAGAUCUUGCAAAAGCAACAAGUACAUUUGAAUUAUUAUCUGUAAAACCAAGUCGUCCUGUUUUUAUUGGAUGCAAUUUUGCAACUAAUAAAAGUACCACAAAUACAAAAGGUGCAUGUUUUAUAUUAUAUAAUAUAGCAAGAAUAACAGCCAUUAUUGGAAAGUAUAAUCAUAAAAGAUUAAAAGGAGAAUAUCCUAAUUUACCACAUAUGAAUGAUAUAGAUUUUUCGUUAUUAAAACAAGAGGAAGAAUGGGAACUUAUAUAUAAUUUUAUUAUUGGAUAUCAGCAAAUGUUAAAAGAUUGUUUAAAAUAUGAUCCUAUAUUCCAAGUAAAUCCACAGGUUAUUUGCAUAUUUUUGGCAAAAUUAUGUCAAAAAUUUAGUAUCUACUAUCGUAGAAUUCGAAUUUUAACUGAAGCAUAUGAUCAUUUGAUUCCAACAAUGAGUACAAGAUUAUAUAUGCUACAUGCAUUGCAAAUUGUACUUCAAAAUGCACUUGCUUUAAUUGAUAUUAUUCCUGUAUCUCGCAUGUAAUUUUUUAUAUUAUAAAAUUACAAAUUUUCUUAUAUUUAUAUAAAUAGUAACAUGAUGUAUGCAAGAAAGGAAUGUAAAAAAGAUAGAUAUAGA